AUGCCCGUGUUUCAUACACGAACCAUAGAAAGCAUCUUAGAACCAGUUGCUCAGCAGGUUUCCCGCUUAAUUAUCUUACAUGAAGAAGCAGCAGGUGAUAGUAAUCUUAUGCCAGAUCUUUCCAAACCUGUUCAAGUUGUUAAAUCAGCUGUUGAUAAUCUUGUUAAAGUUGGUCAUGAAACAUGUUCGACAAGCACAGAUGAUUUAUUACGUGAUGAAAUGCCACAUGCAUUAGAACGUGUCAAUCAUGCUUCGACUCUCUUGAUUAAUGCAGCACAUAUACUUAAACACGAACCCAAUUCGAUAAAAGGUCGACAAAUGCUAAUUGAAGGAGCACGAUGUAUUCUUCAUGGUAUAUCAGCACUCCUUCUCACCUUCGACGAAUACGAAGUACGAAAGAUUGUCCGAAUAUGUCAGCAUGUUUUCAAUCAUCUGUUACAUGCUGAGAACAUUGAAAGCAUCGACGAACUUGUUGAUUUUGUACAAAACUUAACACCUAUUCUAACACGGAUGAGUAAAGAAGUUGAUCUACGUAUAAAAGAACUAACACAUGUGAUUCAUCGAAAAUUACUAACGCGAUCCGUUGAACAAAUGAAAACUCUAAUACCUUUGCUAAUUUCAAGUAUCAGCGUUUGUGUAACAUCGAAACACACGGGUGGGCAUACAAUCGUUGAAGCGAUAGAAAAUCGUGAUUAUAUUGUGAAUAAAAUCAAUGAUGAACUCGGUGAAAUCAUUCGUAUACUUCAAUUGAUUACUAUCGAUGAUGUCCUUCUUAAUGAAUUCGAUGACGAUGAACAACAUAAUUUAAAGAAACUCCUUAAAACUCUUGGUAGUCGAAUGUUUCAAGCAAAGCAUUGGUUAGAAAACACACGAGCUCGGGAAGGAACAUUAGCUGAACGAUCACUUCGCGUAAUUUUGGAUGAUUUACGAACGCACAUCACUGAGCAUUGUCUCGACGAAGCUCAAGCGAUUGUAUUGAUGCAAAAAGUAGAUACACUAUCACAAAUGCUCCAUCAUUUGAUACAAUUACGAAGACAAUCAAAAGGAAAUUCUAAUGAAGCAAUUAGUCUUGCACGAGAUAUAGCUGAUCACCUUGAUGAUCUUUAUCAGUCGUUGGAACAAGCAAUUAAUCUUUUGAGAUAUACAUCUGAUUAUCAACGACCGGCAACGACAGUGAAUGGGAAAGUUGAUCAAGCACAACGGUGGUUAACGCAGCCUGAUACAGAUCACUUUGGAUUUGGUGAAUUUUCAGUGAGAAGUCUUGUGAAAAUCGGUCGCCAGCUGGUGAAUAUUUGUGAAUUAUCCUAUCGUCGCGAUCUGAUCGAAUGUUGUCUUGCGAUUGACGAUCUCGUAUUAAAAUACAAUGAUGCAUUGCGAAGACGAUUGCCUAUUAAUGGGCCAGAAUGCGUCAUGAUCAGUCGGUCACUGUUGUCUUCUAUUCAUCAAUUGCAAUAUCGUCUUCAAGAAGCAAUUAUUUAUCAAGUAUCAGAUGAUUUUAUAGACAUUACAUCAACCAUAAAAAGUCUCCGACACACCGCAUUAAAAUCUUAUGAUGAAUUAAACCGGCAGGAAGCUUUCCAAACAGCAAUACAAGAAUUUACUAAUCAUUCAACAACAUUAAUUCAAACAGCACGUUUAGCAGCCAAUGGCACAUCGUGUCGAUCGAAAUCAACGAUCGAAACAAUUAAUAUCACAGCUUCACAAAUUAAUGAUCUCACACCUCAAGUUGUCUAUGCAGCUCGUAUUAUCUUCGGUGAUCCAAAUCGAUCAUCUACGACACAGGAACAUUUCGACCUUCUCAGUGAACAAUGGUUAACACAGAUGGAGUAUCUACGAAAACAUGUUGACGAAGCGAUUCCAUCCGAUGAAUUUGUUAAAGUGUCUGAAGAGGCGGUCAUUCAUGAUACACAACAAACCGAAAAAGCUAUUGCGGAUCUCAGUCCUUCGAUCAUUGUUGAUAGUACUUCGAAUAUAAUUCGACGUGCGAAUCGUGUUCUACUUGUUACUCAACAAGAAAUUGAAAAUUCGGAGGAUAAAUCAUUCACUCAACGAUUGAAAAAAGCAGCUGAUGUAUUAAAACAAACUUUUCCACCGAUGAUCGCAGCAGCAAAACAAUUGGCUUUAAGUCCAGAUAACAAGGUUAUACACUCGAAAUGGCAGCAAACAAACAAUGAACUAAUCGAUGCUGUGGGAAACGUUCGAGAAAUCUUACAACCUUCAUCCACGAAUCUUAUCAAUAGUGUAGCUCGUCUUUCAUUCAAUCCUCGUAGCCGAAGUUCUUCGAGAUCUCCACCUCUUCGACCGCCACUACCAUCCGAUGAAGAAUUAGCCGCAUGUGCUGCUGCUCCACCUCGACCACCUUUACCUCUGAUACAAGAAACCGAAGAAGAAAUGUAUGACAAGGAUCUUCCUCGUCCACAAUUCAAUCAGCCUAUACUCAUGGCCGCUCACGAUCUACAUCUAUAUAUAAAACAGUAUUCUAGUAUUGAUAAUAAAUUAGUCGCUUUGGGGAAGAAAAUGGCACAUUUUGUCGCACAAUUAAGUUUUCUCAUUCGCGGUGAAACAGGAACUAAACGUGAUUUAAUCUCUAUUUCCCGCGAAGUAGCUGAUAUGUCCGAACAAGUAACAGAUAUAGUCAAAAAGAUCGCAAAUGAAUGUUCCGAUCGACGAAUACGAACUAAUCUCCUUCAAGUCAGUGAACGUAUACCGACAAUCGGUACUCAAUUGAAAAUUUUAUCAACAGUAAAAGCAACGAUGUUUGGAACAUAUGAUGUUCUCCCACAUAGUUUGAGUAAAAGUGAACGUGCAAUGAUUUGUUCGGAUGAAGAUGCCGAAGCAACUGAAAUGCUUAUUGGUAACGCACAAAAUCUCAUGCAAUCGAUUAAGGAAACAAUCAAAGCAGUUGAAACUGCUUCCGAAAAACUGUAUUUUGUUGUUGAUGAUGUUCAUUUAUGUUGGACAAAACGAACUCGUUAG